AUGACCAUAGUCGGUGGUCCGGUGGCGUCUCGUACGUGCAGCCACCGCCGCCGCCACCGCGAACCGCGCGUACAGUUCGUGUCGCGGUAUCCCGACGUUACCGGCGGCACCGCGCGCCGCCGCAAAACGACGCGGCGAGGCGGUGACGGCGGCGGGAGAGAAGAUACGAGCGCGCCGACGCUUAUUACCCUUUGGGAUUGCAUUUUUUUUUUUUUUUUCCGUUCCAUGCCGUCGCAGCGCUGUGCCGACGACGACGACGCCGCCGUUUCAGUGCGAGGCCUCAGCUCGCGUUCGGCCGCGCGCGUGUUCCAGUGUCUCUCGUCGCGUUCCUCCCGCGCUCGACACCACGGCUACGACUGUGAUAAUAAUAACGACAUUACCGUUGUUGUCACAAUAUCAAACGCGACCGGCGGCGAGACGACUGUUUGGCCGGCUGUGGUGCCGACGUCUUGA